AUGUGGGGAGUGUGGGAAUGGUUUCCCUUCGCCAUUUGCGCUGGAGAUUAUUGGCGUUUGCACACCGGGCAGCGGCUGUUCACCUGCACUCAGUUACACCACCUCCUGGCCCACCAGUGGGUCCACACCAGCAAGAACCCGUUCAUCUGUCCCGUGUGUGGGCAGGGCUUCACCCAGUCACACCACCUGUUGCCGCACCAGCGGAUGCACACCAGGGAGAAACCGUUUUCCUGCUCCGUGUACGGGAAGGGCUACACCCAGUCGUAUCACCUGCUGCCCAGUUUCUGCGUCCACACUGGGGAGAAGCCGUUCACCUGUCCCGUGUGGAGCAAUAUCUUAUGUGAUUCCUUCACCCUGCGCAAACACCAGCGCAUCCACACCAAGGAGCGGCCGUCCACCUGUCCAGUGUGUGGGAAGGGCUUCACCCAGUCGUACAACUUGUGGAGACACCAGCAACUUCACAAGUGA